AUGGUUUCAAAAGCAGUUAUAGUGUUACUGAUAGGUCUUCUGGGAAUGGUUUAUCAAGGAACUCAACUUCCUCCACCAAACAGUAAUGAUUCAGUGGAUGGUGAUGAAAACUGUGAUGUGGUUUCAUCAAGGAUUAAGCUCAGUGAUGGAAGGUACCUUGCUUAUAGAGAAAUGGGUGUUGCAAAGGAUAAAGCAAGACAUAGCAUCAUUGUUGUUCAUGGAUUUGGAAGUUCUAAAGAUAUGAACUUUCCGGCGUCACAGGAACUAAUUGAUGAACUAGGAGCAUAUAUUCUGCAUUAUGAUCGAGCUGGUUAUGGACAAAGUGAUCCAAAUCCGAAACGCACACUGAAAAGUGAAGCACUUGACAUUGAAGAACUUGCUGAUCAGUUACAAAUACGAUCAAAGUUUUAUGUGAUUGGAGUUUCAAUGGGAUCACAUGCUACCUGGAGUUGCCUCAACUAUAUCCCUGACAGGCUAGCUGGUGUGGCAAUGAUAGCACCAAUCAUCAACUAUGAAUGGCCUUCCCUUCCAAAGGGUCUUGUAAGGGACGAUUAUAGAAGGAAACUUAUCAAGAUAGCUAUGUGGCUUGCGAGGUAUUCGCCUCGACUGUUACACUGGUGGGUGACUCAAACGUGGCUCCCUUCAAAUUCCGUCAUAGAGAAAAACCCUGCAUUCUUCAACAAAAGAGAUAUUGAAAUUUUAGAGAGGAUUCCUGGGUUUCCGAUGCUUACUAAGGAAAAGCUGAGGGACCAAGUUGUUUUUGACACUCUAAGGGGUGAUUGGAUGAUUGCCUUUGGAAAGUGGGAAUUUGAUCCAAUGAAGCUUAGUAAUCCAUUCCCUGGCAAAAACAGAACUCCAGUUCACAUUUGGCAAGGCUAUGAAGAUAAAGUAGUCCCCUCUCAAAUUCAAAAAUUCAUUUCAGAAAAGCUACCAUGGAUACAAUAUCAUGAAGUUAUAGAUGGUGGCCAUUUGAUUGUACAUUAUAGUGGCUUAGGUGAGGCAAUUUUGAAGGCACUUUUACUUGGAGAAGAAGAUAUUUCAUAUAAACCUAAGUCAUCAGUAUCUGUAUCUUGA